AUAAAUCAAAGAGCAUCAAUGCCGAGAGACAAUGAAACCGCGCCAUCUAUGAUCCGAAACGGGCCAACGCGUUUUAUUACAGCGCCAUCUAGCGAGCGGGCAGAGUGUUCGACCUGUUACAAUGAUCUGAAGCGAUGCCUCGAUUAAAAUAUGCGUCCAUACUGCGCGUUUUCGUCAUCGUCGGGCUGCUGUGCCUGUGGGUGCAGAUAAUGCUGUCCGCUAGCGGAGUGGGGAUGGACAAAGAUGGAGAUGAAAUAAUGCUACAAGAUAUUAUUAACACUACUAAUUCAGAGCUGUAUGAAGAAGAGCUGAUGAACUCGAACGACACGUCGGAGCAGGUCCUGGCGCUGGUGCCGCCGGAGUUGCACAAAUACCUGACCGUGCAUCCAAGGAACAACAGCGCAAACGCCACCGACCGCACCAGCCCCAGGAACAUAACCGACAUCCGACGAGCUAUACAAAUGUACAACGACGCGCAGACCAUUUACAACGAGGAUAUAUUUGGACCAGUGCAGAAUGACACUAUCAUUAUCGCAAUACAGGUACACACUCGGCUCACCUAUUUAAGGCACUUGAUCGUGUCCCUCGCCCAGGCAAAGGAUAUAGACAGAACUUUGCUGGUCUUCUCUCACGAUUAUUACGAUGAGGAAAUAAAUAAUUUAGUUAGGAGUAUAGAUUUUACAAAGGUGAUGCAGAUAUUUUAUCCGUAUUCAAUCCAGACGCAUCCCAACGAAUUCCCGGGGAUAGACCCCUUCGACUGUCCGAGAGACGCUAAGUUGGACCAAGCUAUCAAACUGAAAUGCAACAACGCGUUGCAUCCGGAUUUGCACGGCCAUUACAGGGAAGCGAAGUACACGCAGACGAAACACCACUGGUGGUGGAAGGCCAAUAGAAUAUUCAACCAAUUGCAGUGUACAGCUGGGCACACUGGUAUGGUGGUGUUCCUGGAAGAAGACCACUACGUGGCCGAAGAUUUCAUCCACAUGUUGAAUCUGUUAAGGACAACGGCAGAUAAAACUUGCCCACAAUGCGAGAUCCUGUGCCUUGGGACCUAUUUAAAGACCUACCAGUAUCACAGUAAUACAGAUAAGCGCAAGAAACAGCUCAACCUGAAUUACAUUCAGCAAGUGCGGGCGGCGAACGAAGAACGCAGGAAGCGCCUCCAGGAGACACAGUGGAACUAUCAAGUGUAUCCCAACAUAUACUCGGCGGUCCAAAAGGUCGAAAUAACGCCAUGGCACUCGAGCAUGCACAACAUGGGCAUGGUGUUUAAUAAGACCGUGUGGAAUGACAUAAUGGCGUUGCAGGAGCAAUUUUGCGCUUACGACGAUUACAAUUGGGAUUAUUCGUUGUUGCAUUUAUCGCAGAAUCGGCCGGGGAGGGAGAAGUUUAAAGUGAUCUUGUGCAAAGGCCCGAGAGUCUUUCAUAUUGGAGAGUGCGGAAUCCACCACAAGAAAUCAAAUUGCAACGCGUCGACCGUGAUCAGCAAAGUGCAGAAACUGCUGCAGAACGCGAAGCAAUACAUGUUCCCAGCUCGCAUCACGGCCACGAUCAGCAGACCAGGAGCUCUGCGCAAAUAUGACAAAAGUGGGACGACAAAUGAGGAAAUACUUUUAUUAUGCGUAAUACGCACAUAA